CAAUCCCCCUCCCUUCCUCACUUGAAACUUUCUUAUAAUUCUCUCUACUUUCUUUUGGACAUUUUUCACAUACACUUUUGCUGUGCAUUACAACGAAACGUUUCUUUCAUCUCUCCUUCAAAUGGCUAGACCACAACAACGGUAUCGCGGCGUUCGUCAAAGGCAUUGGGGGUCUUGGGUCUCUGAAAUUCGCCACCCAAUAUUAAAAACGCGUAUUUGGUUGGGGACAUUUGAAACGGCAGAGGAUGCAGCUCGGGCCUACGAUGAAGCGGCCCGACUAAUGUGUGGGCCUAGGGCCCGGACCAACUUUCCUUACAACCCAAAUGCUCCUCAAACUCCUUCAUCUAAACUCCUCUCAGCUACUCUUACUGCUAAGCUUCACCGUUGCUAUAUGGCCUCAUUGCAAGUGACUAAGAACUCACCUAAUCAGGCCCAACAAAAGGGACCAAGCCCACAAUUCUCCGGGUCGGGUAACGGCAUUGGCCCAAAAUUCAGGGAAACGAGUCCUUGGUCCCCUGAAUAUGGGCCAACAAAUGGACUAGUGUUUCCUAGUCCGGAACCUAACUGGACAAUGAAGAUCGAGAAUGCCCAACUUGAACCGCAAAUGCAAUAUACUCCCUUAGAGGAGGAUCAUAUUGAGCAAAUGAUUCAAGAAUUACUUGAUUAUGGAUCAAUUGAGAUUGCAGUUUAAUUAACUUAGCUUGGUGAAUAUAAUUACUAAGCUAAGUUGAGCUCAUUUAAUUGAUUAAUCACUCAAAAUUGGCUUUAGUUAGUAGGCCAAUUAUUCUCGUGCCGGAUGAGCACUUUUGGUCCUGAGUUGGGAAAAAGUCCAUAGCCAACCGGCCCUUUUUUAUUUAUCCCUUUGGCCACAUUAUUACUUAUAUAUAAAUAUAUAUAUCUAGCUAGUUUAGUUAUUAGUUCCAUUUAUUUUCUUAUCAUUCUGUGCUAAUUAUAACCCAUUUUUCUCCCUUUAUGAGUUAUAUAUUUAAAGUUACCUAGCUAUUUUAGAGGUCAAAGGAUGCUUAUGUAUAGUGUACUUGUUCUUAAGUACUUAAUAUAUGACAAUAUAUGAUUUGUAUAAUAAAGCAGUGCAUUGAGCACAAAUUGAUUUAUUUCCCUGA